GAAGGGGCAAAUGCGAAAUUGGGGAUCGUUUUCCCUCUCUUUUCAAAAUCUCUCUCCUCUUCAAAAUUCUUUGGUUUUGAACACUUUUCAUCUUUCCCUCUCCUUCUUCUCUCUCCGUUUUACUUCAGUUUCCCCCAAUUUUUAAAUCCCAAACCCUUGCAAAUUCCUAACUUAAAACCUUUCAGCCCUAAUUCCCGCCUCUUUUCGCCAUUGCCCAACGAUCCCGCUUCGCUUCACAAAUUCUGAUUUCGUUAUGUACGUCCAUCCUCCUGAAAUCCUCCAAGCUAGGUUUUCAGAUUCUGUUCUCGGCGGAGUACCCUUCAACGGCGCUUUAACGAUUUCAGAGAUGCCGGCUUCGGAGGCAGCUCUAACUGGGUCUUCACCGUCUUCGCAUUCUAGGAGUCUUGAUGGCCUUUCUUUGGUUCCAUAUGUGCCAAAUCAGAUGGGGGUUUCAGCGUCUUCAUCCAGUGAAGCCCAGACGGAGCGGAUCAAUGCGUCCUUACCAUCCAAUGUGGGUGCAUCUCACCCCUAUUUAGGUUCCAAAACCCUAGAUGAUUGUUCCACUUCUGCAUCAAUAGAAAUCUCAGCGCCUUUGGUGCCUCAGUCAUCAACUCUUGACAAGUCGUCACUGCCCAUGGCAACGGCUCAUGAGAAUAGCUAUUACCUCCCAUUCUGUGAUUCCGGUGGGGAAGAUCGAGGUGAUGUUCCAGAGCCAAUUCGAUCGGUAAACAAUUUAUCAUAUUAUCCACCUUUAUCGUCUUCCCAGCAGUGGCCUUCGUGGCCCGCAUCUUCACAGCUCCCCCCAAAAGAAACUUGGAAUUCCGAGCUCACUUCUGAUGAGAUCUUGGUUCCAUCUGAAGAUACUGGCACGCCUUUGAACAAUGGGUUUAAUGUUUCCGGAAUUGUACCCUUCACGGUGGGUGCUGGGCUUGAAAAUCUUGGCAACACAUGCUUUUUCAAUGUUAUCUUGCAAUGCCUCACUCAUACUGUGCCACUAAUUCGGGGUCUUUGUACUUGCAGUCAUACUGCACCUUGUGAAAGUGGUAUGGGUGGAUUCUGUGUUCUUUGUGUUCUUCGUGAUCACAUUGAACUUUCGUUGAAGUCUUCUGGAAGAAUUCUGUCACCUCUGAAACUUGUUGACAAUUUGAAUUAUUUUUCUUCUUUUUUUACAAGAUACCAGCAGGAGGAUGCCCAUGAAUUCCUGCAGUGCUUCUUAGAUAAACUGGAAAGAUGCUUUCUAGAUUUGAAGAGAAAUAGCAAGAGUUGGGAACAAGUUGACAAUCUAGUGGAGAAAAUAUUUGGAGGUCGCCUCAUCAGCAAACUUCAAUGUUGUAACUGUGGCCACUGUUCAGACACUUAUGAGCCUCUCAUUGACUUAAGCUUGGAGAUAGAAAAUGUGGAUAGCCUUCCAAGUGCUUUAGCGUCUUUCACUAAGGUAGAAAAGAUAGAUGCUAAGUUUAUAUGUGAUAGCUGCAAGGAAGAAGUAUCCAUGGAGAAGAGGCUUAUUUUGGAUCAGACACCUUCAGUUGCAACAUUUCAUUUAAAGAGAUUUAAGACAGAUGGGAUAUAUGUUGAAAAGAUUGAUAAUCAUGUGGAUUUCCCUCUAGAAUUGGAUUUGUUGCCUUAUACCAAUUGUAACAAGAGCAAUAAUGAAGCUCUGAGGUAUGACCUGUAUGCCAUUGUUGUGCAUGUUGGACUAUCAUCUACUUCUGGGCAUUACUUUUGUUUUGUCCGCACUGCACCUGACUUGUGGUAUCGGUUGGAUGAUUCCAAGGUUACUAGGGUUGCAGGAGAUUUUGUGCUGUCUCAGGAAGCAUACAUAUUACUCUAUGCUCGACAGGGCACACCAUGGCUAUCUGCCAUAAUGGAUGCUUCAAGCCCAUGCUUCGCCCCAAGUGUUCUUAAUACUUCUCCGAAGUCAGUUUUAGACAAUGUUGAUGGCUCGUAUUGUCCUAAUCCUAGCGAGGCAAAUUUUGCAAGUGGUGGUGCAAAUGAAUCCCAAGGAGUUUCCCAGCAGAUGCCUGUUUAUUCUAGUGGAGGAUUUAAUGAAAUGCUCAAUGAUUAUAUGGAUUCUUAUCUUGAAGCUGGACAAGUUCACUUUGAGUUAAAUCCAAGUACUGUUAGUUCUAACGGCUAUAAAGAAGAAACCGGCGAUGUCCAAGUGCCAUGUAAUGAGGGAAAUGGUUCCAUGUCCUCACAUGAUGAAAAAGGUCAUCAGGAGGCUGUUGAUAUUAGAGAGAAUGAUGGUUUCCGUCCUUUAACUCCACCCAGCUCCCCAGGUCCAGAUUCUAAUUCUCCAGAGCUUUUAGAUGUCACUUGCCGCAUUCCACGGGAUCAUUUGAAGACGGAGAAUCAUGAGAGGGGUAAAAGACUAUUAAAUAAGAAUGUGGAUGAUUCUGAGAGGAAAGAAGCUAUGAGAUAUCUUAGCAAGAAUGUGCAUGGUUCAAGGAGAUCAAAACUCUUGGGUGCCAUGGCCGGUGGGCCCUCCCAUGAAAGUUAUUCGAUAAAAAAGAGGAAGAAAUUGGGUCUACAAUGCAAGAAAUCCAUAACUCCUGGUGACCGUAAGAAGUCAAAUCAUGGUUCUGUCAUGUGUGCUUCGAGAUAACUCUCCUGAGGCUUCUGUCAGGGUAACUAGCGUCUUUUGGAAACAGAACUUUUACCGAGUUCUAGUGAAAAUUUGCCUUCAUUUUGCUAAAUCUUGUCGAUAAAUACAGGCAAAAAUGUAUAGCUUGAGGCAUUCUGCUGGCUCGUAUUCUUGAAUUUAAUCACCAAGCGAGUUCUGCAAUACAAAUCGGCGUAGAAUUGA